CUGGGAUUGAAUAUAAUGUCAACAUGGUUCUCAGAUACUGCAAUUUUGGUUAGCCCCGUCCCCUGUAUCAAAAGGGAGUAGCCGUAUACUAUAAAUACCCAGGCAUAGACAUGGCCUUGAGCUACCAAUCAUUGACAUAUCAGAUAUUUUCCCCCUGUUGUGUUUACAAAAAAAAAAAAAACAAGGAUGGAUAGGAAUCGCUUGCAACACCAAGUUGCCUGCAUGAGAAGGUCCCUCUUUGAUCAGGGUUAUCUAGACGAGCCAUUCAUCCAGCUGGAGGAAUUGCAGGACGAUGCCAACCCCAAUUUUGUACAAGAAAUUGUCACACUAUUUUACAGUGAUUCGGCAAGGUUGAUUCAGAACAUCGAACAUGCACUGAACAGUAGGCCUAUUGACUUCAAUAAACUGGAUGACUACAUGCACCAAUUCAAGGGAAGCAGCUCUAGCAUUGGAGCUAAAAAGGUGACGAAUGAAUGCACUGUUUUCAGAGAACACUGCAGUGCAGAAAAUGCUGAAGGCUGCAUUAGGAGUUUUCAACAAGUGAAGCAAGAGUACGCGAUCCUAAGGAGGAAGCUGGAAGUUUAUCUUCAGAUGGUGGGACAAGCUGCAGUUUCUCAAACGGCAUGAGUCGAUGCAGAUAUACAAGUCUCUUGAAUAUCUAAAUGUUAUCAAUAAUAGUGGCAAUAGUCUACCACUUUAUAUUUCCUGCAGCUUUUGAUCCUGUUGUUCUCGUCUGCGUACUUCCAAAUCGUAUAAAACUUGUAUAAAUAUCGAUGAAUAAAGAGAAGAAAAGGGAGGAAUAAAGUUCAAAAUAAAAAAAGAGGUCGAAAAUGGCUC